UAAAUAGAGCAGAGAGGACGAUCCUCCAUCAGUCGUUCACCGACACCCGAGCGAGACACACGCGGCGAUUUAUCACGCACGUUCACGGUAUUUUCAAUGGCGUUCAGUGCCUUUAAAUGGGGAGGCGUCGCGGUCGGCGUUACAGCUGCUGCUGCUGCCGGCUGUUAUCUGCUUUACCAGAAAUGGGGUAAAGCACCAAAGAGCACCGCAGAUGUCGCGGUGCAGACGGAGCCGGUGGAAGACAUUCCACAGAACAUGAGACAGGCAGACAGGACACAGCUGGAAGGAAUAGCUGAGGACAUCAGACAGAUACGAAACAUUUUGGAGGAAAAUAGAGAGUUAGGAGGGGCACAGAUAGGAAACAAUUUGGAGGGCAAUAGAGAGUUAGGAAGGGCACAGAUAGGAAACAUUUUGGAGGGCAAUAGAGAGUUAGGAAGGGCACAGAUAGGAAACAUUUUGGAGGGCAAUAGAGAGUUGGGAGGGGCACAGAUAGGAAACAAUUUGGAGGACAAUAGAGAGUUAGGAAGGGCACAGAUAGGAAACAUUUUGGAGGGCAAUAGAGAGUUAGGAGGGGCACAGAUAGGAAACAAUUUGGAGGACAAUAGAGAGUUAGGAGGGGCACAGAUAGGAAACAAUUUGGAGGACAAUAGACAGGGUGGGCAGUACAUAAGAAGAAGGUACAGAAGAGUUCGGACCAUACGCAUUACACAAACCUCUUUAUUUGACCAGGCUUGGGGCUGGCUCUACAACGCACUGACUGGUUAACGCAUCCUAGCUGUGGAGGGGAAGGAGACCAUAAUGUUGGCUUGGGACAAAGAAAUUAAAAACUAAAAAUUGGAUCAUAUGAAAGAGAACAGAAGUGUUUAAGUCCCUGCUCAGGGGUGCAACUGUGGCAACUUUGCAGCAAUCAAUGGGGCUUGAACCAACAACCUUCUGAUUACUAAUACAAAAAAACAGACAGCAUUUAAGUCCUUGCUCAGGGGCCCAACUGUGGCAACUUUGCAGCAAUGGGACUUGAACCAGCAACCAUCUGAUUAAUAAUAUCAAAAAAACAUACAGCGUUUAAGUUCUUGCUCAGGGGGCCAACUGUGGCAACUUUGCAGCAAUGGAGUUUGAACCAGCAACCUUCUGAUUACUAAUUAAAAAAAACAGACAGCGUUUAAGUCCUUGCUCAGGGGCCCAACUGUGGCAAAUUUGCAGCAAUGGGACUUAAACCAGCAACCUUCUGAUUAAUAAUAUAAAAACAGACAGUGUUUAAGUCCCUGCUCGUGCCUCCUCAACCUCCCUCACCUGCUUUGAACCAUGAAGGACCAUCAAACAUACAAUCCCCAUCACUAGAAAACACAGCUCAGGCUGAGUUUCUGACUCUUGAUGAAAGCUAUUACGACCUUCAUCAUCAGACAGUGACACAGCAGUCAGCAGCAGCGACAUCACAGUCAUCCUCCAACUUCUCUAUCUCAUCAACAUCACCCCCACAUAUGGAUUUUACAGAGAAAAUGGAGAAACUGGUGUGUGCUGGGACUAAAUUCUCACACUCCAUCUCAGCCAGUCCACAGGUUUCACCCAAAAAAAUCCAGGGCACCCCCUCCCCCCAUUCCCCCCCGCGCUCUGAGGCCACUUCAACAUCGUCAACAGCAGCCUUGUACUUCAUCUACUCUGGCUGUACAGAGUUCAGAAUGUUCAGCGAGUGCUACUGACAGCGGCUGCAGAAUACAAAACAAUGAUAACACGUUGUGAUGUGUUCAGGGUCCUUGCUAUAGCAGAUAUGAUACUGACAACAGUUCGGAGAGUAAGCUUGGACCCAGUAUGUCUGAAAUGUUUUCUAUUCCUGUGUUGAUUAGAAAUAGAAAGAAUAGAACACAUUCAGCAUAUCAAGUCAA